UCGAACUGAGUUAAAAUAUUCCACCCCUCAUUCGUGAUUACGACACUUCGCCGAAAGGUUAUACUCCUCGGUAUUGCUGCAAAUGUGAGGAAUAUUUUUUAAAGUUUUGUUCUAUUGUGCAAGUGCUUAUCGAUAAAGGAAAAAUAAUCCUUUGUACAAUGGAAAACAAUACAAGUAGUGAUAUUGAUAUGUCAAAGCUUGGACCAUCAGCCAAAGGCCUGUUGACAACGUUUGAAAACGCCAAUGCAAGCCUAAUGGCAUCGGCCUUAGUGUCCUCGAUUCAAUUUGUGACCGCUGCGAAAGAUGUGGCCGAAGCAACGCGACACAGUGACUGUGAAGUGCAAAGCCGACCAGACGCUUAUUUUAGUCGUAGCCCAAUGCAGGACCUUUCCGACGAUGAUAUGUCGGACUUUUCCUCCAACGAAAGUGAUGGGCUAGAGGAGCUAGAUCUGAAAAAUUCCGGCCAUGGACCCAGUGCUGAAGAAGAGACUAGUGGUUCGAAUCCUGACGGCUGUGGAUCACUUGAGACAUCCAUGCCGGUGCUUAAUCUAGCCGGCACUAAGCUGGGAAUCGGAAGCAGUAGCAUUAAUGGGUCCGGUGCCGUCGUCAGAAAAAUGUUCACCAAUACAAGAGAACGCUGGCGUCAGCAGAACGUAUCGGGUGCAUUCGCUGAGCUGCGGAAGCUUGUGCCGACGCAUCCGCCGGACAAGAAGCUAUCAAAAAAUGAAAUACUUCGCAUGGCCAUCCGAUACAUACGGCUGCUUACGAAUGUGCUCGAGUGGCAGAAGAAGCAAGAAGCAAACGAUCUUCGCACUCCGUUGAAGCAACGAAGCUCACAACAGUCUCAGCAGCUUCUAUCGAUCUCACAAACGACCGGGCAUGCAAUACAACAACAGCAUUCUAACAACGAGAACCAUUUCACCGGCAACUACAGAGAAAAUGGCAACAAUCUGUUAAUGAUCGUGUCGCCUAAAUCCUUUGCCAAAUCUACCAACUCUAGUAACCGCACUGUUAAGCUGGAAUCGAAAAUGGAACAAUGCGUUGAGAUAGAGAAGAUCAAGUUGGUUAGCAAACUGUGCCCGCCGGGUAAAAUGGCCAAGCCUGGUCCUGGUGCAUCGAGCGGUAGUGCAAAAAAUCGGCGUAAAACCAUGAGCAGCACAGUACAUAUGCGGUCCGGUUUGCAUAUCAAAACGGAUCUGAUGGCGCUCGCUCAACCGUAUGGUACAGUACCCACUAUGAUGGAAACUGAAAUUAAACGUGAACUAACGCACCACAGUCAAAUGGCUCUACUCGAUGGAGCCGGACAUAGUCGAGAUUAUUUAAACAGUGAUGGAAGCACGCAGAAAAAAAAUACCGAAAAGGGAAUGGAAAAGCAAAAGUAACUCACACUACAAUCAAGGACAUGGAUCGGAAUGAUUGAUUGAAUUUUAACAUUAACAUCGUAGAACGUGCAUUAUCAGAGCGAAUUCGAGUUGGUGUUUUGCAUUUUAAUAAAAAAAACUUCAUUCGUAGACGACGGGCUUGUGCUAAAAAUCUAAUUUAUGUCUAUUUGUACCACUUUGCUUCUUUCACUGAACGUUGCUUGAUACGUUAAAUGUAAGUUUUCAAGCAGGUGAUGUCGAUAUGUGUAUCGUGAAAAUGUGAUACAAUGAAAAACACUUUUUACGAUAGUAUUAAAGUAUUUUAGCGUGUAUAACGACACCCUUUUAGGUAGAAAACUACCAAAAUUAUAUUAAAGAGGUAGUAACUUUUAGCUUAGCCGAUCUUGUGGUACAGUCGUAAGCUCAAAGGACUUAACAACAUGCCCGUCAUGAGUUCAAGUCCCGAAU